AAAUUUGUAUUUACCCAAUUUUAUCUAGAUAUUGAUUGACAAGAGUUUAAUAUUAAUUGUUGUAAUUUUUGUUGCAGAAAAUAGAAAUAUGAUUUACGAACCGUGAAAACCAUUUUCGAAAUGGACUGGAAUACAGGAGAUUUAAUUUGGUUCGACCCGGGGGUCGGCCACUGGCUACCUGGAGAAGUACUCGAGUGUCACAAGAGUGCCAAUGUUCUCACUGUUCAAGCAAUCAUCAGUGGAAAGCCACAAAACUUCGCCCUGGCAGAAGGAGAAGGGCAGGUUAGGCGACGCCAAGACCUGGGCGUUAAAGGUGUUGAAGAUAUGAUCCAGCUAUCAGACCUUCACGAAGCAGCUCUCUUAUGGAAUCUCAAACUACGUUACGACCACGAUCUUAUUUAUACAUACGCAGGUUCGAUUUUAAUAGCAGUUAAUCCAUAUCGAAACUUCGAUGGAAGUUAUGGCUUGGAGACCGCACAAAGCUAUAGAGGUAGAAUGAUUGGAGAUUUACCACCACAUAUAUUUGCACUAGGAUCUGCUGCAUACUCGGCCUUGCCUGUACCUCAAGUGGUGGUCAUAAGUGGAGAGAGCGGAUCUGGUAAAACUGAAUCCACAAAACUGGUAAUGCAAUACUUAGCUGCAGUAGCUCCUUCAGCACCGAGAAAUCAAGCACUGGUUACUGAACAAAUUCUGGAAGCUACACCUCUUCUUGAAGCUUUCGGAAAUGCCAGAACUGCCAAAAACGACAACAGCUCCAGAUUUGGAAAAUAUUUGGAGGUUUACUUUAAACAUGGAUCGAUUAUAGGUGGAGGCGAUUGUGGACCAGGUCAUUCAGGAUCUGGAGCCGACUGGAAUGCUCUUACGAGGGCCAUGCAAGUUUUAGGUAUUGGAGAGGCAGAACAAGAGAUAGUCAUUAAAAUUUUAGCUUCAGUGCUACAUUUAGGAAAUAUAUAUUUUCACAGGCGACAAUUACGGCAUGGUCAGGAAGGCGUGGAAGUGGGCUCGGAAGUCGAAAUCAAGUGGGCUGCUCAUCUCUUGCAAAUUUCUUCUUCGGGAUUGCAACGAGCCUUGACAUCGAGGAUAACAGAGGCGAGAGCUGAAAGAGUGUAUUCGCCGUUAACAAUUGAUCAGGCGUUGGAUGCUAGAGAUGCAUUUGCGAAAUCCUUGUAUUCGGUAUUGUUUAACUGGUUAGUUACUCGUAUUAACUCCAUAGUUCAGAAGGGAGGCCUACAUGAUGCUGCAAGAAUAUCUCUAUUGGAUAUUUUUGGUUUUGAAAACCUCAAUGAAAACUCUUUUGAACAACUUUGCAUAAACUUUGCUUCGGAAUCUCUUCAACUAUACUUCAACAAACAUGUUUUUAAGCUUGAAAAAUGUCACUACAACCAUGCUUUAAAUGAGAAUUAUUGUCGUCCUAGAGUAGGAGGAAGAGAAUUCGGAAUAAGACAUUUUGCUGGGCAAGUUUGGUAUUCGGUGGACGGAUUCUUGGACAAAAAUCGAGACGCUUUAAGACCUGAUGUUAUUGAACUCAUAGCAUCCAGUAAAAAUGACUUAAUCAGUGCUAUUGCGAAACCAUUAUUACAUCAUACUCAAACCAGAACUCUUCCCAGAGGAACUAAUGGCAGAUUUGUUACUAUGAAACCAAGGACACCAACUGUUGCUGCCAGGUUUAGCGAUAGUCUUCACACACUGCUGGAAUCAAUGUCGAGAUGUAACCCUUGGUUUAUAAGAUGUAUCAAACCCAACAACGACAAAGCGCCAAUGAGGUUUGACAUGCCAAUAGUUCUGGAACAGUUGAGAUAUAAUGGAAUGUUAGACACAAUUAGAAUUAGACAAUCGGGUUAUCCGGUUAGGAUGAAGUUCCAUCAUUUUGUAGAUAGAUAUAGAUAUUUAUUAACCAGAAUUCCUAGAGGAGCUCCUUACAGAGACUUAUGUAGAGCCAUUUUAGACUUAAUACCUCCUACGGACACAGAGGGUCCAGAUUACCAACUAGGAGCUACAAGGGUAUUCCUGAGGGAAAGUCUUGAACGAAAACUAGAAUCCACCAGAGGCGAAUCCCUAAAAGGAGCAGCAGUGAUGAUACAAAAGAAUAUAAGAGGAUAUCUUGCACGAAAGAAAUACAAAAAGAUUAGAACCAAUGCAAUAACAAUUCAAAAACACUGGAAAGGAUACAGUCAACGAAAACGAUAUCAAAUAGUAAAGAAAGGUGUCGUUAAAGCCCAAGCAUACUAUAGAGGUAGGCUCGAAAGAAAGAGAUUUGAAAAAAGAAAAGCUGAGUAUAGAAGAAAGGUCGAUGCUGAGAAAGUAGCCAAAGAAAGAGCCAAACAAAGAGCCGCCAGAGAAGCGCAGCUGCAAGCUCAAGCUCAAGCGCAGGCACAAAAACAAGCUGCUGCAGCUAAAGUAUCCAGUGCCAAAGUCAACAUAAAUCACCUAGAAAUUCCAGCAGAACUAGCUUUUAUAUUUUCCAAAUUAGAAAAUUAUACUCCCCCUCAUACGGAAAAAAGUCUUAUGAAGGUGUUGGGUGGUGUUACCGGAUCUCCUCAACCCUUGAUUCUGCCAUCUGAUUUAGAUCAAUUCGAAUUUUCUAAAUUUUCUUCUGUAUACUUUAAAGGUGCCGAUAUGAGGAUGAAAAAGGAACCUAUUACGAUUCCAUUUCUAUCCAAAGCUGCUGCUAGGGACGAAGAUUUUCAAGAUGCAGUUGCUCUAUUUAAACUAAUACUACGUUGGUCGAACGAUUCCCAACUGAAUGGAACAAAAGAAAAAGCGUUAGCGGAUUAUGUCGUUCACAAAGGCUUAUCUUCAAAAGGGCUAAGAGAUGAACUAUUGAUUCAGUUGUGUAAUCAGAUUUAUCAAAAUGAUAACUCAGAAAGAAUUUGUCAACUGAUGGCCCAUUGUUUAAGUUGCUUUCAACCAAGUCCUUCGUUGCACAAAUACCUGCUUAAAUACGUCAGCGAUCAUGUUCCUGAGAAUAUAAAGGAAACUCUCCAAAGAAAAAUAACUAGGGGCGUGCAUAAAUCACCACAUGCAAGAACGUAUCCGCCAUCUUUACUCGAAUGGAGAAGCAUACGGCAAGGAUACAACACAGCUUUAACUUUAACACUUGCGGACAAAACCAUUUCAACUGUUAAUGUGGAUUCUUGGACCACAUGUGAAGAAGUUGCAUCUUUAGCGGUCUCAUCCCUUGGAGGAAUUACAGAAGGUUGGACAGUAGUUAUGGACGAUUCUUCAAUUCUAACAGAAGGCAGCGGUCUAGACUAUGUAUUUGAUUUAGUCUCCGAACUAGAGCUUUGUCCUGCUUUCCCCAUACCCAAAUCAACGAAACUCAAAUACGGUUCUAAACGACAAUCAAUUGCAGAACCAGAAAGCCAUAUUUCCUCACACUCCCCUGCAAGACCUCAAGUUCCACCACCUGAACCACCAAUGAUGAACAAGGAAAGAAAAAUUUCGUCCAACAGACACUCUACACCUAUACCAGUACAGCCACCAUCUAGAAGCGUCUCGAGAAAAUCGUCUAAAGAAAUUCAAGAAUUUUCUAGACCUCCUCAUAGAGAAGUUCAGCCCAACGUAUCACCUUCAUCAAGGAAAACAUCGCAUGAAGCUUUAUCUAGAAAUUCAGCCUUAAAUGAAAGAUAUUUUGACAUUGAAAAAGUUAGAUCUAGAAGUUUGGAUAAUCUACUAAGCGAACCUGAACCAAGUCCUUUGGCAGAUCUAGGAUUAAGUCAAUCUUCUAAGCUUAAUGAGAGAUAUCACUCAGUCGAACAACUUAGUUUAAUUAAACCAGUAAUUGCGAACCAGAACUAUCUUCCCAAACAAGAAGAAUUUGAAUACCCUGAUGUAUCUAGCGUGAGUACUUCACAUAGAGGAGGUCCUAGGUAUAUUAAAUCAGCUUAUGCAGGUAAAAAAGCUCCUCCAGGCUCACAUUCGAGCAAAGCUUAUAUUGAAAAAUCUGAGUUUAUUGGUAUAAGAAGCUCAGCUAUGUCAGAUACUAGUGAAGCUCCCAGUUUAGCUAGUCACGUAAGGAGGGUAAGAGUACCUAGCCAAGCUUCAGAUGUGGACCAAUUUUUGGACGAGUUAUUCAGUCCUGUUUUAGAUGGUAAUUUGGAUGAAUUAAGUGAUGCUAGAUCAGUCGCUGCUAGUGUAAAAGGCGGCACUUUUAACCAAUUACCUCGUUUAAGAGUAGAGGUUGAUCAAGUUGAGUGUGAUCAUGAAAUUUUAGAUAAAUUUUUAGACAACGUCUUGGAAAAUAUAGAAUGCAAUGAUGUCGAUAUGUCCAGAACUAAUAGCAUUGUAAAAAGAGUCAAAGGUGGAGGACUAGCAGAAAAUGAAAAAUCUGAUAUUCAAAGGAAAAAUAAAAGCCUUGAUGACUUCCUAGAUCAUGUUUUGGAAAGUAUUGAAUUAGAAAAUGUAGAUAUGUCUGAAACAAAUAAAAUAAUGUCAAAAGUUAAAGGAGGCGGUGAAAAAUUAAAAAAGGAAAACAAAGAAAAUAUUGUGUUAGAUAAAGAAGUUGAGAAUUUGACAAAUAAAACUAAUGGAAAUAAUGUUGAUGACUACAUAAGUAAUCUUUUUAAUCCAAUAUUUAUUAACGACAGUGUAAAAGAUCUUACCGAAAAAAUGAAUUUAGUUGAAAGCAUUAAAGGCGGAGGAACAACAAAAGGUGAUGCCAGCACUUCAAGCUUUACUCUACCAGCAAUUCCUCCUCCUAUGGUAAACUCGCCAUUAAUGAUGCCUCUUCUCAGUCCAACACAAGAAGGCAUGAUGCCUCUUUUUAAUAUACCUGGUGUUAGUAUGAACGGAAUGCCUCAAAAUGUCUGCCAUGGCUCAAAAUAUUCAAUCCAGCAGCAACUUCUAGCUCAAAAUCAGGCGCUUCAACAAUUGUUAAGUCAACAAAGCUCUUUAUCCAGUGAAGUUAAUGAGACGGUAACAACUACAGUCAAAGCACAAGUGCAUCAAUCUAGUACCUUUACUACACCAAAUAGGAAAUUAAGCUUCAAAUCAGGAAAUAAUAGAAAGUCUAGUUCUCCAAACAUAGACUUUAAAACCCGUAAAGCAAGCUUAGAAUCAACCAUUAGCGUAAUGAGCAAAAGUGGAAUACCUCCACCACCACCUCCACCAAUGCCUCCUCCACUAGAAGCUACUGAUCCAAACGAAGCAAGACCAUUUUUGGAUCCAUACGGACGGGCUAAAACAGUUCGUAUAGGCAAAUGGAGGUGGCCACCUCCAAAAGAUAGCACAAGUCAAGAGACUAGUGAAGAUUUUAUGCAUUUCAAAAUGAGGCAACAUCAACGUAAAGUUACUCCAAAUAAAGAUCAAUCAAUGACAGUAGUAAAUGGACAUAAUGGACACAGCCAUGGGAAAAAUGACAAAAGUGCCGAAUGGGAAGAGAUCGAGUAUGAACCACUACCUAGAGAAACUGAAAAAACUAACAAGGCUAAUAGUAAGAGAGUGUUUGAAAUUGGAGCGGCAAGACCUUCACCUGGUUCAGUUGGUAAAUUGAAACUAAGUUCUGAAAUGAAAAAAAGGUUAGAAAUGGUUACAGCCAACCAUUCUGUUAGAUCUUCAAGCAGUACUGAUAAGCCUGCUAGAACUGUUAAUAAACUGGAGGAUACCAGAAAAAUGAUGCUGGAACAACAACUUACCGGUAGAUGGGGAGAUGAUUCAAGAGAUAAUAGUGGAAAAUCUAGUCCAGAAAGUCCCGUAAAUAAUGGUAAUAAGUCGCCCACUUCUCAAAGUUGGGGUAGCUCGAACUGGAAACCAGGCCCACCUCCCCCUCCAGUAGGCCCAACUUCUUUACCUCCAGCUCCUAGUGGCCCAGCACCUCCUCCACCAGUCAUACGUCCUCACAAUCAUACGCCACAGGCAGAACCCAUCAGAGAGUCUUCCUUUAUGACUCAAAGACAAGAUAGGGAUACUUUUGGAGUUCACCAAAACUUGAUCAACCAGAAUAAUUCCAAGAGGAAUUCUUUUAGUACAAAUUGGGAUGUUCAAAGUAAUAUAACGCACGACACAACUGAUGAUGUCCAUGAAUGGACUAAAGAUAAAAGGGAAAAUCGCAGAGACAGUUGGGAUCUAGGAGAAACCACAACAAAUACUUCAAUCGAUGCUAAAUAUACAGUAGAUAUGUGGGAUAGAGAUGAAAUCAAAUUUGAGAAAACUAGAAAAUUUAGAAAAGUCUCAGAGCAAGAAUCCGUCGAACGACCUCCGACCUUCAAGACCCACAUGUUGUCGAAAAGUGCUCAAGAAAGGGAAAAGAAGCAUUCCACGGGAUCUGUGCAGCUAAUAGAUAAAAUUGAAAGAAAUGAAGUUAAUGAUUGGCCAGAAUUCAUGCGUCCCAUACAAACACCACCAUCAAAAUCACCAGUUACACCUCAACCUUCUCCACAAGAGAAAGAAAAAUCUCCGAAAAUUGCAGCCCCAAGUUUGUUGCCACCAGGAACUACAGCUUGCGUUACCUACAACAGAGUACCAUGGGUUCUACGCGUACGUAAAGAAGUAUUUGCUCCUUCAGAACCACUUGGACACUUAACAACAAUGCACCUGAUAUUUUGCCAAGUCGCAAUGGAUGUGUAUGGGAUAACUCCCUGUAUAAGGUUGUCACAGACCGAAAAGAGAGCCGGUGUUAAUAUGUUAUCAGGAUACGGAGUAACUGCUGAAAACUAUAAUACCAAUCAUCGAGCCAAUGUAAAGAGGACUGUCAUAGAGUUGGCUAGAACGUGGCCACUGUAUUUUGCCAGAUUAUUUCCAGUUUCGGGUGCUGCUCAGCUAUCGGAUAUCCAGUUUGUAGCCGUAUCCCAUUGGGGUAUUCAUUUGGCCAAGCGAGAACAAAACUCCCUCCAAGUAUUGAAAUCAUAUCCGCUAUCGGAAAUCUCUACAUGUACCGCUCCUCGACCAACGAACAUAAUUCUAGACGUGCCACAGGGUAAGCUGAACUUGUACACUCCACGAGCGCAGCAGCUUUCUGAGAUGGUUACUAAAUUCUGUGGAGAGCAUCGAAAGGUAGGGAAAUUUUUAGUAUUUAGAUUUUAA